AUGCUGCAGCGAGGCGAGCCUGCUGCCGCUGGAGAGGUACGCACCUUUGCGGAGCUCGGGCUUCGGCAUGAGCUUUCUGCGGCCCUGCCCUUCACGGCUCCGCUCGAGAUCCAGCGGCUCGCGUGGCCACACCUCGCGGGCGGCGCCGACGCGAUCCUCGUCUCUGAGGCGGGCUCGGGAAAGACACUCGCGUAUCUCCUCCCGCUGCUGCACGCAAUGCUCGAGCGGGCGGGCGGCGGUGAGCAGAUUGGGCGGGCGGGCGGCGGCGAGGCGCCAUCGCCGUCGAGGACGGGGCGGCUCCUGCUGGUCGUCCCGACCUCGGUGCUCUGCGAGCAGCUGCUGGCGCAGGCGCGGGCGCUGCUUCAGUGCUCGCCGCUCUUGGUCGCCGCGGCGAGCUGCGACCACGCGCGAGGGGCUCACUAA